CACUCUCAUUUCCUGUUAGUAACUGUAAAUCUUUGUGCUUUUGUACUUAAAAAGAUGUUUGUGAAGGGAUUUUCUGGCGUUUCUUUGUACAAACCCUCUGGUGCCCUGCUUCCGGCGGGGUUGGGUUUGGGUUCUUCGGUCUCUCCGGUCUCGAAUCUUGCUUUUCCGGCGGGACGGAAAGUUGGGUUUUCGAUCUCGGCUGUUUCUGAGACUGCUGAUGCUCCCCUCACUGGGGUUGUGUUUCAGCCGUUUCAGGAGGUCAAGAAUGAUGCUUUCAUGGUGCCCAUAACCCCUCAGGUCUCGCUUGCUCGCCAAAAGUACUCCGAUGAGUGCGAAGCCGCAAUCAAUGAGCAGAUCAAUGUUGAAUAUAGCGCCUCAUAUGCGUACCACUCCAUGUAUGCAUACUUUGAUAGAGACAAUGUUGCCCUCAAAGGGCUGGCCAAGUUUUUCAAGGAGUCAAGUGAAGAAGAAAGGGAUCAUGCUGAAAAGCUAAUGAAAUAUCAGAACAUCCGAGGUGGAAAAGUGAAGCUGCACUCUAUUAUUUCACCUCUUUCGGAAUUUGAACACCCUGAGAAGGGUGAUGCAUUGUAUGCUAUGGAACUAGCACUGUCAUUGGAGAAGUUAGUGAAUGAGAAACUCCUCAACCUCCAUGCUGUGGCUGAGCGAAACAAUGAUGCUCAGAUGACAGAUUUUGUCGAGGGCGAGUUUCUAGAGGAGCAGGUCGAAGCUAUUAAGAAGAUUUCAGAGUAUGUUACACAGCUAAGAAGGGUUGGAAAUGGACAUGGAGUUUGGCACUUUGAUCAGAUGCUCCUCCAUUAAGAUGGCAAUGGGGUGGCAUGAAGUGCAACAAGUCUGGGCUGUUAGAUUUCUGGGCAUGAAGUGAUAAUUGAUGUCUGAAGAUGCAAUAUAAUUUAUGUUACUAUAUAUCAGUAGUAGCUAGCUUGAGCUUUACUUGUCAAUGUGUUUAGAUCUUAGAAACUUCAAUUCUGCUGUUUUGUUUCAUCAGUAAAAAAUAUUCAUCAAGUGUGGGAUGAAUUGUUGUAGUGUAGGUAGGCUAGUUAGUUGUCAACUUGUAAUGGCCUUGCUCUGCAUAUAACAAUAUCAGUUCAAAAAUCCUUUAUAUUCAAA